AUGAAAUGGAAGGAAGUGAAACUACUAUUAGAUUACGAUAAGAAGAUUGAGUAAUGUGCCUAUUCCAAAGUGGAAAAAUUGAAAAGCCUUUCUACCCAAUUCAAAUCUAUAAAGUUUAUUGCUUAGAGCAAUUCUUACAUUACAAAAUAAUUUUUAAGCUAUUUGGAUGAUAAGAGAUCAAAAAUAGAAAAGAUGCUUUUCUAAUUUUUGCAGUUGACUUACGAAAGUGAAACUUUACCAUAAGGUUCGAAAAGCUUAAAAUAAAUGUUUGAGAAGAAAGACUUAUUGCUUCAGGAAAUUUAAGAAAUGGUUAAAGAUGAUGAAAACUUUUCAAGAUUAGAAAAAAUGCAACAAAAUCAAAUUAAACAAGAAGUAACAACACAUUUUGAUAAACAAAUUGUUCCAGAUUUUCUUUAGCAAAUUAAUCAGUCUUAAAUAAUAUUAGAUUUUUCUAUUCAUUAGUUUAAAUAGUUCUAUGAAUUUCCAUUGCUUGAUUCAUCUGGAUUUUAUUAAGAUCCUACUGAUAUUCAGAUUCCGAAUUCAGAAUGA